GAGUGGUGAGGAAGAGGGCUGUGUCCCUGCCAUCCGGAUAUUGAAGCCUUUUCUCUGCAGAUUGUUACACGUUCGGCUGAGUGUUCCCUCCGCCGUGCGCGCCAUUCCAGUCGGUGCUGCGGUCCCGGGGCUGGCACUCCGGAGAAGGGAAUGUUUGUUUUUUCUUGUUGGGAAUCUCAGAUGCAAAAGAAUAAAAUGAAGCGGGCGAAAGGGGGGCGGCCAGCGCUGCGGCUCUGAGAACAAUCACCAAUCCGAAACUCAAGAACAAAAGAAGAAUCCAUCGGUUCCUUGAAACAAAAUCAUGUUUUAAUGUUUGCCUCUGUCUCGCCGUGAGGGUUUGGAGUUUGUCCGGAGUUCCUCUCUCUGCUUUCACAUUAAAGUGAUGUCUAAAUACGAGGAGGAGAUCGGACUACAGGCGAGUUUUCUGGAGGAUCUGUCCCUGUACCAGGCUCCGAGCGAUGGGUUUUACAGUGAGCGGAGGAAGCUGCUGGGCAGCCCGGACUUGGAGGAGACAAAGCGGGCUUUCUUCCUGCAGAUGAUGCCGACGCAUCAGCACCAGCUGCCGCAGCCUGAAGCCGCCGACAGGGUGAACGGGGCUGACCCCAGUCACCAGGAGCGGGGCCUGGCCACUUUCUGCAAACUGCCCGCGCCUCCCCGGGGCACGAAUGGAAGCCGCAGCGGCGGGGGAGGGCUGGAGGCGGCCGGCCCGGGGCACCGAGGGGAACUGCAGCUGGGAGCAGGCGAGCCGGAGCCGGGGGCCUGCUACCUCCGAGGGUAUAGCGCGGAGAGCCGCAGGUACAGCGGCGGUGCUCCUGAGCCGGGCCUGGUAUGCAGCCGCCAGGCGGGAAGCUUCCCGCUUUAUCCCGGCGCCAGUGUAUCCGCCAGAGGUAACAGUGUAUCGUCUGGGUCCCGGGGAAACAAUGUAUCCGCUUCCCGGGGAAACAAUGUAUCGAGUGGCGGCAGUGGUUUGGUCACUACGAGCCCCCGCUCCAGCCUCGCCUCCUCGUCCUCAUCGUCCAACUCCACCCAGGAGCACAGCAAGCACUCGAGCCCCCGCUCCAGCCUCUACCCCAGCCCCCGCUCCAGCCUAGUGGUGCCUGGGCCCGGCCAGGAGCGUUACUCGAGCCCCCGGGGCAGCCUGAUCCAGUACGAGGCUGCCCUGAGCUCCCGCUCCAGCUACGCCAGCUCGGCCAGUGACACCAGCAAACACUCGAGCCCCCGGGCCAGCUAUGAAGGGGGAGGAGGCAGUAAAGCCAGCAGCAACCGGACCAGCGGCAUCAGCAUCGGCUACGACCAGAGACACAUCAGCCCCCGCUCGAGUACGGUCAGCCCUCGUUCCAGUUACUCGGACUCCCGCUUUGUGCAGCCUCCUGAUGCCGAUCUGCCCGGACCCGGCCUCAGCGCCAGGAGCAGCAUUUCCAGCCAGAGCUCCCGUAGCUCUCGGGGCUCCAUCAGCGCCGCUUACCCCGAGCUGCAGCUGCCUUCCUCCCCCCGCUCCUCGGUGCUGGCUAGCGGCCUGCUGGAGGGUACUGUCCCCGGCCCAGACAGCUUGGCGUCCCCCGGGGAACCGCACUACCCACCCCGGCCGCAGGCUGCCCCCGCCUCGCCCAGCGCCGAGGCGACCCCCGGCUCCAUCCUUUCCUAUAACUACAGCCCCAGCAAAGGAGCGCCGCCUGCCCACAAGUUCAGGCUGCCUUACCAAGUCACGCCGUCCAGGGAGAGCGGGCCGAGCCUGGCCGAGAAGCGGCUGGAAGCUUUGACCAGGGAGUUAGAGAAAGAGCUGGAGCUACACGUCAAGAAGGAAUAUUUCGGGAUGUGUGUGAAAUGCAGGAAGGGAGUCUAUGGAGCUAGCCAAGCCUGUCAAGCCAUGGGCAAUCUGUACCACACAAACUGUUUCACCUGCUGUUCCUGUGGGAGACGAUUACGAGGGAAAGCUUUCUAUAAUGUGAAUGGCAAGGUGUAUUGUGAGGAAGACUUUUUGUAUUCGGGCUUCCAGCAGACAGCAGACAAGUGUUUUGUGUGUGGACAUCUGAUAAUGGAGAUGAUUUUACAGGCUCUUGGCAAGUCCUAUCACCCAGGCUGUUUCCGCUGUGUGGUCUGUAACGAGUGCCUGGAUGGUGUACCCUUCACUGUCGAUGUGGACAACAACAUUUACUGUGUCAAAGAUUAUCACACGGUUUUUGCACCAAAAUGUGCGUCCUGUGGACAUCCGAUUCUGCCAGCACAGGGUUCGGAGGAGACGAUCCGUGUUGUGUCGAUGGAUAAAGAUUAUCACGUGGAAUGUUAUCACUGUGAGGACUGUUGCUUGCAGCUGAAUGAUGAGGAGGGUCGUCGCUGUUAUCCGCUGGAGGGGCAUCUGCUGUGUCACAGCUGUCACAUCCGGCGCAUCAACAUUCCCCCAGCACCACAUCCCCCUCCGAGUUACCAGCUUCAUGUCACUGAGCUGUGACUACAGGAACCUGGAUGUUCAUGACUGGAGGGGGCAUCUCUGCUCCUGUCCCUGUCCCCCAGGGACCUCAAUCUGAGGAGGUUUCCUCUGGACAGGGAGGGAGUGACCACUGUUACCGUUGGAAACCAAUAUGCCAUCUGAAACCACGGUGACAGUGUCAACCAGAGCCAUUUGUAGGAAAGUUGGGGCCAGCACUCUCACCGAGAGGAACUCGUUGACUAAAUCCAGAUGUGCUGUGGCCAUGGACGGACAGACUGGACUUUUCUCGGGACGGGCCAGAGAGACAAUCCGCACCUCGCACCAUCUCCCGCUCAACCUUGUGCCCGAAUUUCCAAGAUGGCAGCUAGACCUUGCACACAUCCAACUCUAACCCAAUUUGUUUGUUGAUGGCCUUCACUAAAUGGUCAGAUGGUGCUGGCUCAGGAUGUCCUCUCUUUGAGCGACCAAAGCGUGGUUGUUCCUCUCCAGAAAAACAGCUUCCCUGAGAUGCACUUCAGCACACAGGGGACCUUUGUCAUCCUCAUGUUUUUUAGACUGAGGUACCCUCCUUUGUCUUAUCAAUAGCAACCGCUGAGACAGACCUUGGCCCCAGCUUGCUGGGUAAUUCAGCACUUACUAACACACCUCCCACUCUAUCAUUAACCUCUUCUGUACCUGUGACAACACACACCAGUGUAUUGACUAUGCAAAGUAAUGCAACCAUUUUAUAUAAGACACUUGAUUGGUUGCAAUGUACAGCAGGCCCAACUUUGUAAUUUUUUUAGUUUUUUUUAAAAAAGGGUUUUUCUUUAUUCUAAUUGGAUAAGACAGUGCAUUUGUUUUGUACUGAUUACUCUGCAGACACAACACCUCUGUAUGGUUUCAGAUUUUUCCAGAAUGGUUUGUGCUGUUGGUAUUUGCUCAGGUUUGUGAGUGUCAUUUGGAAAUGAUCUGUACAGACUUCCUCCUGUCUCGCAAUGGCAUCCAGACCCCACCCUUCCAAAAGGAAAGCAGGGAGGCCUCUCUGAACAUGGAGUGUCUUCAGUUAUUGGUGUUUAUUGAGUUUGGGAGUACAGCUCACCAGUUGAUUUGGGCAGGCUGGUAUUGAAUGACAACCGGUUCCCCACUGACUUGAAGUUCUUGAAAGAUGGCACUUGUGCGUCCAUUUCACUGCCCUCCCCUUCCCUCCUCCACCUUAUUUAUUUAUCCCCAUGGUCCUAUCCAUUCCCCAGGAUCUGCACCCACCCUCCCAUCAGCUUCUGAGAGAUGGGCCUCUUCGCUCUCCCUGACUAGCUUUCCCCACAGCUGGGCCUUCGGGUCUCCUUGUUGGCUUUUGCCACCCCUUCGUGAACAGAUAUGGUGCUCCAUUUUCCUCUAACCAGACUACUAAUACUGUUAGGUUAAAGUGUCAGUUGGUCCCCGUGCCUUGAGUUCAACUCAGCAGGAAGUAUCUGGGGCAUCACAGUCUGGAUGGAAUGUUCUAGCAUUGGCCAUGUCCCUGGAAAGGUUGACCCUGAUUGGUCAGCGGGUGUAGUUGAUGUGGGAGAGAGGGUUAGGGGGUGUGAUCCUUCCUGGGAUCUGAGCUGGCUGUGUGGGUUUCUGAACUUCCUGCAGCAACGAGAGGGUGAGGCUUGGGGUGGAAUCGUUGGUUAAGGUCAUGAUCAGAAAGGAAGUGAAACCGGAGCGUUUUCCCCCCACUAAAACUUUCACGUUCUGUCCUGUUAAUCUCCCUAAAACCUCUGUGGGGUGGAAAAAUUCAGUCUUUGAUUUUGUUGAGGCAAAGAAAAGACAUGUAGAUUUAUUUAUCUUAAAAAAAAAAAAGCCACAUGAUAUCAACCUAAAUUAUUAAACAUGUAAAUGUCAAAGGUCA